AUGGUGGCUAAAGCUGUAUCAUAGCAACGCAAAUGACAACAUAUAGGUAGAUACGCUAGCUAACUAAUAUUGCCCGAGAAGACUUGUCCCUAACUAGCUAGCUCGCUCUACAUACUGCAUAUUGAUAGCUAGCUAUUUGCACGUCAUUUGGAAAAUGGAAACUCUGCGACAAGAAACAGAUGAGGCAGGACCGUCUAUUGGAUCUGAAAACCCAGAUGAACGAAUUGCUGCUCGUCGUCUCCGCAUAGCUGCACGAAAUGAAGCCAAGAAAAGACAAGAACUGGGGAGUAAUUCCCAGGAGGAUACAGAAAUUAAAGAAGUUCGGAUGAGUCAGAAAAAAGUGGAACAAAGUGAAAAGCGUAUGGCUAAGUUACAAGCUGAUGGCACAGAGCUGGUGACCAACAUCCUGGUGGCAGCAGAUUUCAGAGAGUCAAAGAGGAGAGCAGAGAUGGAGGAGGCACGCAGGCUAAGGAUUGAGAAGCUGGAGAAUGAGGCCAAGUCCAGCCUGGAGAAGUUUGAGGAGAUCACACAGAAGUGGACUGUGGCCAAGGCGAAGCAGAUCCCUCAGGACCUGAGAGAUGCUCUCAUUAGCCAGCAGAUACUUUGUGGCCAGCUCCUAGAAGACAAGAACAAAGUCAUCAUUGAACUGCAGCAGGAGCUGAAAGCAAGCGAUGAUCGCUAUGUAAAGGACCUGAAAAAACACACAGAAGAGGUAGAUCUAAUGAUUGAACGGCUGCAGGAGCAGAUCAUAUCUCUGAAGAAGUCCUACAGAGAAGAGCUUGACUUGGUCGAGAGCACAUUCGAUGAGGAGCGCAGGACUCUGCUUGCAGACAACAGGAUGAAGUGGGAGCAGCAGAGGCAGAGACAGAGUGACAGAGAGCUGGAGCUUCUACUACAGAGGAUGCAGCAAGUGGAGGAGCAUGAGCUCCAGCUGCAGAGGCUGCGGUUGGAUAAUACAAAGGAAUGCAACACCAUCAAGGCCAAACUGGAGAUGGAUGUGCAGAUUCUUGAACAGCAGUUGCAGAAGAUGAAGGCCACCUGCCAGCUGAAUCAGGAGAAACUUGAGUACAACUUCCAGGUGCUGAAGAAACGUGAUGAGGAGAACAUCAUUACUAAGUCUCAGCAGAAGAGGAAGAUCACAAGAAUGCAGGACAUCCUCAACAAUCUGAAGACCAAAUGCUCCAAUCAGGAGAAGCAGUCUCGCGAGGAGAACCAAUCAUUGACUGACGACUACAAGCGCAUCAUGCAGCAGUACAAAGACAUGCAGAGGAAGAUGAGGCACUUUGCAGCGGUCGAUGCCAAGCGCCUUGAGGACGUGUGGCUCAUGAACGAGGCAGAGGCAAAGGCCCUAGUCCGGCAGGCCCUGGAGAUUGACCGGCUCAUCCACGAGCAGCAGCUGGGUCUGGCCUGGACACCUCCACCCCUCACUGUGAUGGAACAGCCUGGGCCUGUGCAGCCACGGAACCGGAUACAGCCGUCGGCCCGGCAGGCCGCGGCACAAGCCCUGGUGAGAAGAGAGGCUCCGGGGGAGGAGCGGGAACUGGAAGAGCAGACAGACGGGAACACUGUGGAGGUCCCUGGAGGUCCGGAGUCCACUGGGGGCAGAAUGGACCAGAAGACGGUGAAAAGGCUGCUGGAGCUGUUGUGUGAUGAAAUGGGCUUUCUGAUUGAGAGCAAGUUGCUCAAGCUGCUCUCGCCUCUGGAGAAGGAUGAGAGGUCUCUCAUAAAGCUCGACUCCAUCUUUUCUGCAUUGGCGAUAGAGAGUGAAGAGGAUGUUUAUAAAAUGGCAGAUUUUUUUAUGAAAUACAAAUUCCAACAGAAAGAUCAGGCAGAGCAGCACAGUUCUGUGAGUAACCAAGGAGAGACAGCAGAGCAGAAAGACUCUGAUCUUAUCCACCCAAAUGAUGUACUGAGGGCUCUCCGAACCUUCACAGCUCUGUACUGCAAGCCCAGAGACAUCUCGUCCCGGCAGCUGAGCGGCAUCCCGGAGUUGGAGGGGAGGGACGACUCAGAGGAUGGUGCAUGCUGGGAGAGUCUGGCAACCGUUGUCCCCGAGCCCAAGCUGAAAGUGUGGAGCACGCUGGAGGCAGCUCUGGAGAAGUACCAUUUUGUGCUGACUGAGAGAUCCAAACUUGUGAAUGAAACACAGCAUCUCAAACAGCAAAACUCAGAGCUUCGGAUGCUCCUGCACCAAUAUCUCAAUUCAAAGGUCAAUACUGAACUGGCAAUCCCACCUACCCAGGUGAUGAAGUUGGACCCUGAGUGAGGUGGACCCUGUUUUAUCAAAUCCGAAGAGAUGAAAUGAACUGAUUGCAUUUCCUUUUUUAUCUUUAAAAGCUUAAGACUCACUGUUUUAUUUUCAGAAACAAUAAAAUAAUUUAAUAAGCAUAUUUAUGUAUACUUGAAAGCCUAGAAAUAUUAGUUAAUGGGUGUAAAGAAGGCAUGGAUUCUUUCUUUUUAAGAACAAUGUUCCAAAUUCAUAAGACUUAUCAGCCGAUUCAACAUGAUGUUAAUAGCAAACAACGCAUCAUUAACAGGUUCUCAUUCAUAUAUGUGGACUGUCAGUGUGUUUGAAUGUUUGAACCUGUCUCACGGUAAAUUUCCUGUUGUAGCAAGUGCAGUAAGACA